CUCAUGAUGUUACGAAUAUUCAUGUCAAUAUGAUACGACUAUUUCCUAUUUGCCUGUUGUUUUUGAUAAAAGUAACAGUUUCUAAGGAAGCAGAUGGCAACGAUUGUAAAGGAUGUUUCUUUGAAGACAAAUGCCGCAAAUAUGAAGAAGAAUGGCUUGAAAAGCUGGAAAUUAUGUGUGCCACCAGAACAUGCCAUCGUAUGAGCGACGUUGAAUGGAAAGUAUAUGCAAAAUCUGUGUUUUGUCUGACGGGUGACGGGGAAUGUGUUGAGAAUGGUACAACGUGGGCAGCCCCAGAAGACGAUGAAUGCUGGACUCACACAUGCAAAAUUUUAGGAACUAGAAACAUUCGAAUAGAAUCAACAUCGGGAGGAGACUGUGCAGACGCAACGACUAACUCACCAAACGAAAGGCGAAACCGACGCGAAACCAGUUUACGAAAAACUAAAAGAGGACCAAAUGGUCCUACCGAACCAACAUUUUAUAGCCGAUGAAACGUUAACCACUGAAACACGUGUAAGAAAUAACGUAAUAAACCAAUUUAAGAACCAA